AUGCUUGGCCAGUUCUCCGGGCAGAAUCAGACGAACGGCGGUCUGAAUCUCAUCAGAAGAGAGUGUGGUCUUCUUAUUGUGCAAGUUCAUCCCGACACUGGAGUUUCAAUCGAGGGCUAUGUCCAUCAUGAAUUCGCUCGUGAACGAUGUCUUCCUGAGCGCCUCGCUGCGGAAGCUUCCCGUCUUGCUCACUACAACAAGAAGACCACCAUCUCCUAUCGUGAAAUCCAGACCGCCGUCCGCCUGAUCCUGCCUGGAGAGCUGGCCAAGCAUGCUGUGUCCGAAGGCACGAAGGCUGUCACUAAGUACACUUCCAACAGUUCAAAGUCAUCGAUAUGUCUGGACGCGGAAAAGGAAACCGAAAAGCGGAUCGAAGGCCAAGUCCACUCGAUCGAGCCGAGCUGGGAUCCAGUUUCGCGUGGGACGCAUCCAUCGCAAACUCCGCAAGGGAAACUAUGCCAUCGGAGGAUCGGAGGUGGAGCUCCUGUCUACCUCGCAGCUGUUCUGGAACACCUGGCAGCCGAGGUGCUCGAACUGGCCGGGAAUGCAGCACGCGACAAUAAGAAAACCCGCAUCAACCCUCGUCACCUCCAGCUCGCCAUUCGCAAUGACGAUGAGCUGAACAAGCUGCUGACUGGUGUGACCAUCGCUCAAGGAGGAGUAUUCAUCCACUCCAUUCUCCUACAGAAGAAGUCCGCUGUCGAGGAGAAGGCGUAA